CUCGUCGGUUUACAGACAAGCACGAAUGGACCGCUGUUGAAAACGGAAUUGGAACUAUAGGAAUUAGCAACUUUGCACAGGAAGCAUUAGGGGAUGUUGUUUAUUGCAGUCUUCCAGAAAUUGGAACAAAACUGAACAAACAAGAUGAGUUUGGAGCCUUGGAAAGUGUGAAGGCUGCUAGUGAAAUCUACUCUCCCAUCACAGGAGAAGUCACAGAAAUUAACACCGCCCUUGCUGAUAAUCCUGGGCUUGUCAACAAAUCUUGUUACCAAGAUGGUUGGCUUAUCAAAAUGACGGUGGAUAAUCCUUCUGAACUGGACGACCUCUUGACUGAAGAUGCAUAUGAGAAAUACAUCAAAUCCAUUGAGGAAUAAUAGCUAGGAGGUGCCAAGCGGAGCCAGUGCCCACUACUUUCUUUGACGUAGAUGGUCUCAAAUUACUGGCCCAAAGAGAAGUUGGCGCAGCAGCUGGUUGAGGGAAUUGUGAAAGGGGAAAAAAAAUAAAGCAAGCACCGCCUUUCUUCCAAUUGCUGUUCCACAAAUGUCCAUAAAAUCAAAACGUUUGUGGCUUCUCUCACUAGGCACGAAUCAGGAAUAGUUUUGAUUUUUUUUCUCCCCUCCGUCCCGGUGAAUAUAAUUUCAAGGUUUGAAGUCCAUAAUUCCUUCUGGGCUAGAAUGACCUUUGUUCCUGGAAUGGACCCAGAAGGUUGAUGAGAUAGAUCUGGAAGAGGAUGCAACAGCCUUAAUUCCAACUUCUACUUUUUAUUUGUACAGAUUGUCUUGCUUUUUCCUUUGCCAACCUCUUUUCCCCAGGCGUCUGUUUUUUGUUUUUUUUUUGUCGUCUACCAGAAGCUCUCCGGCUGCCUUUGGUAUUAGUGAAAAGUCCUCAGAGAUUAAAUCAGUGGUAGUCAACCUGGUCCCUACCGCCCACUAGUGGGCGUUCCAGCUUUCAUGGUGGGUGAUAGGGGUUUGCUGUAACUCUGCUUUAUAAAUUUUAUAAAGUAAAGUUACUUCCCUGUUUUAUAAAUUACCAUCACUGUGGAACCGGUUAGAAAAUUUUACUUCUAACAAAGAUACAAAAGUGGGCGGUAGGUAUAAAAGGUUGACUACCCCCAGAUUAGAUGGUUCAAAAGUGCAAGUGUUGAGCCUGGCAGAAGAUAAGAUAACAGAAGUUAAUAAAAAAUCCUGACUUUA